AUGAUGACAUUGAGGCGAGUGCCGAUCUCCGAGCUUGGGAGAUAUCUUCUCCAUGGGAGCAUCUCCAAGCGAGGCUGUCUAGCUGGACGACAUGAUUUGGGACAGAACCGCGUAACUUUGCGGGCUUCAAUUCCUCUGUCUGCGAAUGUUCGGGCUGCAUCAACAAUUGCGUCACCGGCCGCGUCUUCGACUGAAAGCCUGGUUCCCCUGCGCAAGCAGCUAAAAGAGGAGGCAAAACUGGCCAAGAAGCAAGGCAAGAAUAACUCAAAAGGCAAUCCUCAGACCGUGGAUGGUUGGGAGUUGACUGUUGGCAUCGAAAUCCAUGCCCAGCUCAAUACAGCCCGGAAGCUCUUUUCCCCCGCGACUACCUCGUUCAAUGACGAGCCCAACAGUCACGUGGCUCUCUUUGAUGUCUCAAUGCCCGGAAGUCAGCCGCGGGUGCAGAAGGAAACACUGCUCCCAGCACUGCGAGCUGCUUUGGCUCUCAACUGCGAGGUCCAGUCUGUGAGUCGCUUUGACAGGAAGCACUAUUUUUGGUGGGACCAACCUGCCGGAUAUCAAAUCACGCAAUACUACGAGCCCUUUGCUAAGAAUGGUCAUAUCACACUACAUGCCCGGGAUGGUAUUGCCGCCGAAGAUGGUGAAAGUGUCACCAUUGGUAUUAAACAAGUGCAGCUGGAGCAGGAUACCGCCAAGACCUUGACACAAAACGGGAAUGUGCAUUGGUUAGAUUUCAACCGCGUUGGUGUGCCCCUCAUCGAGAUCAUUACCGAACCCGACAUGCACCAUCCUCGAACGGCCGCUGCCCUGGUUCGAAAGAUGCAGCUCCUGCUCAACACUGUUGACACUUGUGUUUCUGGAAUGGAGGCUGGAGGUCUUAGAGCUGAUGUGAACGUGUCAGUCCGCAGAUCCAAUGACUCUUCUUGCAAGCUUGGCACACGGACAGAAAUCAAGAAUCUCGGUACCAUAAAAGCAGUCGAAGACGCAAUCAUUGCUGAGAGGGAUCGCCAAAUUCAGGAGCUAGAAGCUGGUAGGAGCAUAGCUGGCGAGACCCGAGGAUGGUCACUCGGAUCGAAAGAGACCCGGAGGUUGCGCGGGAAGGAAGGUGAAAUCGACUACCGCUACAUGCCUGAUCCUGACAUCGCGCCGCUCGUGAUUGGAACCGACUUGGUUGAGCACCUCCGAACUUCUUUGGCCGUGUUACCAGACGCGGAGCUGGAUACGUUAAUCCAUGAUUUUGGACUAACUGCUAAAGACGCUCUGUCGCUUAUGACCCUGGAUAACGGAGCCAGGAUCCAAUAUUUCUACAAAGUGUUGGACGGUAUCGGCGGAAAGAUGCAAGUGGAUCUCGCCGAAGGGGCCGACAAGGUCAAACCGAACUGGAGGAGGAGCCAUGCAACUCUCGCAGCAAAUUGGGUAACCCACGAGUUGGGCAGAUUGACCACGUACAAGGCCGGACCACUGGCCUCGGCCGAACUGCUCUUCACAGCGGACGGCGACUGCGCUCAAGUGCCUGCUGCUGAUUUGUCCCAACUGCUCUAUCAUCUAUGCCGAAAUCAAAUUACGGGCAAGGUCGCCAAAGAACUCCUCCUAUCCAUUUAUCUCGAAGAAUUGGAAGAGGGUGUAGAGCAGGCCAUUGAGGCAAACAACUUGUGGUUCAGAGAGAUUUCAGAGAAUGAGUACCGACAGUUGGCAAAAGAGGCUCUGGAAGGCGAGGACAAGGUAUUGCAAGAAUUGGUCAAUUACACGAAAUUUCCGCAAGGGAAGUUGAUGUACCUUGUCGGAAAGAUGAUGAAGAUGGGCCCUACGGAGCGGAUCAAUCCAGCGACUGCCGAGGCGGUUAUGAGAGCGCAGGUCGCAGGUCGAAGCCGCGCCAUGUAG